AUGAAUUUCAAACUUUUCACAUUUUUGUUGUAUUUUCAAAUUUUCGAAGGCCAAACUCGUGAUUUUUGUGACCAAAAUUGUGUCGAAAUCAGCGGUUUGCGAGGCCCCCUUUACUACGAAACCCUAACCCAACUCUACGGCAUCACCGACUUGAAAAUCUUCAACAACCAAAUCACAGAAAUUGAAACUGGCGCCAUUUGUUCACUGCCUACUUUACAAAAGUUGGAACUAAAUUUCGCCGGCAAUUUUCAAGCUCCACCACUGUCUAAAAACACAUUCCGGCAAUGCAAACACCAACUCCGCCACUUAUUUGUCAAACUCGACUUUGAAAAGCCUUCAAAAAUCGACACCGACACGUUUGAAGACACACAUUUGAGGACUUUGGCUCUGGAAAGCCACAAAAUCGGGUUUUUAAAACGCAAUUUUUUGAAGCUGCGACGUGAGAGCUUGACGAGACUGGUCCUCAUCAGGUGCCACAUUUCCGGGAUUGGAAGCAACGCCUUUGAAGGAUUAGCGCAUUUGGAAGAACUCGAAAUCAGUUACAAUAAAAACUUGACUCAAAUACCCGAAAAAGUGUUUCGCGGAUUGAUAAAUUUAAGGCGCUUGUUUUUGGAUUAUAACAGGAUUAGGGAUUUGAGUUGGAGCGAGUUUGAGGGGUUGUCUAAACUCGAGUUUUUAAAUUUGAGCGGAAACAGGAUUCUUAAUUUUGAUCCGGAUAAAGUGAGUCGGGUUUUGCCAAAUUUGAAGUAUCUGGAAAUUAAGAAAAAUUUGUGGCCUUGUAAGUUGAAGGAAAAUUUUGCGAGUAAAUUGGUCGAGAAAAUGAACGAUUCGGUCACUGUUGUGUAUUCUGAUGAUAAUGUUUGUGUACAGUAA